AGCAAAUAACACCUUCUAGCCGUUCUCUAUUUAUUUCACAGUCAGGACUCGAGCAUCAGGUGUCAAACAUGGAUGUACAAGUUGGUUUGUGGUCACCAACAAGGAGAAAAGUGGUACAACCCUGAACAAGCAGAAGAUUGUCCCUAUGCUGUUGCGGCAAAUCGGCGCCAUAAACGAACCGGAGCUCUCCUGCGUUGCACCCCCUCUUCAACACAAACAAUUUCUGCUCAGGGUAUAUGUGAUAGACCGGAGUGUUAUGUCAGAAUUUACCUUGAUCCUAACGGAUGGUGGUGCUACUGCUGUGGGUACACAAAUGAACCUAGGCGGGAUAAAUGCAGGGGCUAUGUCUUGGGCCAGGAACGUUGUCGGCACAAACCGUGUAAGUAGUGCCUACCAUAUGACCCUGCUCAACGCUGAACCUUUUCUAUUUGACAUAUUUCAGGUAUUAUACAGUUGAGUUCAUGAGAUCAAUAAAUGAUGAUCUCUAAGGUUAGCUUCCUCGCUACCAUUCUUGGCUACAUGGGUGUCGAACUUUGCUUUUGCGAGAAUUAGGUGCAAAGUUAGGGUAUUUCUCAAAAAUAUGCUUUUCUGCUGCCCUGGUGGCUUUUCCAGUGACCUGUCUAUA